ACCAGAGAAUAAAAUGUAUGUUUACUUAAGAUGGUAUAUACGGAUUUAAAAUAUAAAAUCAAAAUCAUUACUUCUUACUUUUAUAUUAACAUAAUGUUCUUGCCAAAUUAAUAUAAUGCAAUGCUUUUGAAUGCAACCUUGCGGUGAUCUACGGAUUAUUUUAAAAUUUUAUGCACGCGAAAUUAUUUGUUAAUCGAAUUUUGCUCAGUUCGGAGUUAUUUGGUGUUGUUUUGUGCCGGCGACGUCUUUUUUAUUUUAUUGCAGCUUUUAUCUUUUAAUAAAUUUCAUUGUCGAAAUGUCUGCUACAAUUGGCAAAGUCAUCACUUGCAAAGCUGCUGUUGCAUGGGAGCCUAAAAAACCACUUGUCAUUGAAGAAAUUCAAGUAGCACCUCCAAAAGCACAUGAAGUACGCAUUAAAAUUUAUGCCACCGGCGUAUGCCACACAGACGCUUAUACUUUAGGAGGCCUCGACUCUGAGGGAGUAUUUCCCGUUAUACUUGGUCAUGAAGGUGCAGGCGUUGUUGAAAGUGUAGGAGAAGGUGUAACUGGCUUCAAGCCCGGCGAUAGCGUUAUACCUUUGUACAUUCCGCAAUGCAAUGAAUGCAAAUUUUGUAAGAGCAGUAAAACAAAUUUGUGCCAAAAGAUUCGUCUAACUCAAGGUAAAGGAGUUAUGCCUGAUGGUACAACACGUUUCUCUUGCAACGGUAAAGAAGUAUUUCAUUUUAUGGGUACAUCAACAUUUUCAGAAUAUACCGUAGUUGCAGAUAUUUCACUUUGCAAGAUUGAUGACAAUGCUGCUUUGGAUAAAGUAUGCUUGUUAGGGUGUGGCAUUCCAACUGGAUAUGGUGCUGCUAUUAACACGGCAAAGGUCGACCCUGGUAGUGUAUGUGCCGUUUGGGGGCUCGGUGCUGUUGGCCUAGCAGUUGGUAUGGGUUGCAAAAAAGCUGGUGCUUCUAAAGUUUAUGGAAUUGAUAUAAACCCGUCUAAAUUUGAACUAGCCAGAAAGUUUGGUUUCACAGACUUCGUCAACCCAAAGGAUGUUGAAGAUAAAGGCGCUUUGCAGGAUUAUCUUAUACAAUUAACUGAUGGCGGUUUUGAUUAUACAUUCGAAUGCAUUGGGAACGUUAACACAAUGCGAGCAGCUCUGGAAGCUACCCAUAAGGGUUGGGGCACAUCCGUUAUUAUUGGUGUAGCCGCAUCGGGUCAGGAAAUAAGCACACGACCAUUUCAAUUAGUUGUCGGACGAACAUGGAAAGGCACAGCAUUUGGUGGCUGGAAAAGUGUUUCUGGCGUACCAAAGCUAGUUGACGAAUAUAUUAAAAAGGAAUUAAUGGUUGAUGAAUUUAUUACACAUACUAUGGAUUUAAAUAAAAUCAACGAAGCUUUUGAUUUAAUGCAUGAAGGCAAAAGCAUACGCAGUGUAAUUAAAUUUUAAUGCGAUCUUUUUUGAAAAAAAAACUUAUGUUUGAAAUACUUUUGAUAUGUUUAUAUAUUUAUACUACAAAAACUAUUUUAAAUCUUUAUAAAUAAAUUGUUACACUUAAAUAUACAUAUAACGAUUACAUCUUUUUUGUAGUUGAAGUAUUUUCUAUAUUAAAUAAGUUUAUGAAAUUUAUUGUAUGUUAUGCCAUGGGACCUUAUCAUAUCAGCAUAUAAAAAUUAAAAUGAAUUGAAUUACAUACUUAGACAUCAUAAUCAGUACUUUCUUGAUAUAUAAUAAAGUAAGAG